ACGCUUACUAGCAUGAUACUUGUGUGUUCUUGUGGACAAGGGGGUGCAUGGGGGAAACAUGGCCGCUGUAGACCCGUCGGAGUCUCCAAAACGACCGAAAUUCCCCGCGGAGGAGGAGGAAGCAUGUGAGGGGAAGACCGGGGCGGCGGAGUCGACAAGCAGCUCAGAUGAAAAACAUGAAACAUCUGCAAAUGAAACCACAGAGAGCCCCGAUGAAGUGCAGAGGACCAGUCCUGGCAACGACGGCGGCUGUACUGCCAGCCAUUCCGAGGUUAGUGUCGAGCCCGGUGCUGGAGCCGAAAAAACGACAUGCAAUUCACCGGAAAAUCCACCAAUGGCCGAAAAAACAGCCAAGGCCCCCGGCAACGACCAGCAGGAUUUCGACUGGUCAGAAACCGAGGAAAAUGAUGAAGAGGCGCAAAAACAGAAGCAGGAUAAUCAGAAGUCUGGUAUGCUAACACCUUAAAUGUAUUUUAUAGUUAGCGUUAGCCUUCAGGCUAACCUGGGCUGGAGCUACCUCUCCCCCUUGGUUCACCACCAAGUGCCAACUCCGCUUAUGUACAUUGCCCUCGCAGAAUUAAGCAGGCAUCAUGCACUGCACAUGUUGAUAUCAGUUAGAUUGCUUGUGUUGAUGGUUAUGCACAUAAUUCAAGAAACUGCUUACAGUGUUGAUGUGUUUGCUUAGUUUUGUGUGUGUUAUUGUCUCUUUCAGCCCUCAAUAGUGUAACUGAGAGUGCUGAAAAGGUGCAGCAGGAUACACAUGAUGAUGAAGCUACAGAUGACGCCGAAGAGGUGAAGGAUGAUGAAGAGAACUCACAUUCUGAUGCAAAGCACACAGGGAUGCAGCCGGAGACUGAGACUGAGAAGCUAGUGGGAGAAGUUGAUGGAGCAGAGGAUGUUGUCGAUGACGAUGAGGAGGCAGAUCAAGGGGAGGGAGCUGACCAGACUGCCAAGCCAAAAGCGUUCCAUUUGGUGUGUAAGGAGUGCGGGAAGAGAUUCACUCGGCGUGAGACGUUCAACCUCCAUCGCCACUUUCACGCACAUGAGGAUGAGCUUACACCCCUUACCUGUAAAGAAUGCGGCCUUACCUUUCAGCACCGCAGCAGCCUCAUCAAACACAGAAAUGAACACAAGGAGAAAGAGGAGCGGCUUCUCACUCCGAAGAAGGAGGUGCAAACGAUGGAGGUGGGUAACUAUAAGUGUGCAGAAUGUCAGAGGAUGUUCUCUACAGUGGGUAAGCUGAGAGACCACAGCUGCUGCAAUACUGUUGAAAAGCCUUACCACUGCCCCCUGUGCCGCCAAGAGUUCCAGUUCAAGGUUUCUGUCACUAAGCACAUGAUGGCACACUCCCAGGAGAGCAACUGUACAUGCCAAGAGUGCAGUCAAACCUUUCCAAACAGCAUGGCCCUGCGUUAUCACCAGCGAUGUCACACCGCUCUGAAACCCUACGAAUGCCCAGAGUGUGGCAUGGUCUUCAAACACUAUUCUGUCAUGGAGGACCACCGUCGUAAGCACACGGACAACACACGCUCUCAUCUGUGCAAUAUCUGUGGUAAGACUUUCAAGUACAGCAGCCUCCUCCAUCAGCACCAGUAUUUGCACACAGGCCAGAAACCUUUUCGCUGCCCUGAAUGUGGUAAAAAAUUUGCUUUUGCUCAGAACAUGAAGGCGCACUGUCGCCAGCAUAGACGGCGGGAAACCAACUUUGCCAGCGAGCAGGCAAGCAAGCAGGUUCCUGUGUCCUCGCAGGAUGCAUUUAGAGGGAUGGGAAAAGAAAACACAAACAAGAUUGAGGAGCCAAAACGCACAUUUAACUGCCCCCUUUGUCCCCAGACAUACUCAGCGCCAGCUAACUUGAGAGCCCACAUGCUAAUUCAUGAAGCUGAGUAUGAAAAACUAGAGAGAACACCCAGACCACCAACUGAGAUUAACAAAGUCUGGGAUAAAGGACUCACCUGCCCCCACUGCCCAGGUGUUUUUCCUGAUGAAUCUACUUUAAAUGUGCAUCUGCUGAGUUUCCAUAAGUCUGUAGCACAAUAUGUUGAAGAGGUGCCAGCCCCUCCCAAAAAACAGUUUAUUCCCGUUAGCAGUAGUAGUGCACAGGGUAAAUGGAGAAAUGAAGGUCUUAAGUCUUACAAAUGUUCUGAGUGUGCAAAAACUUUCCGUCACCGCUCAGUGCUAGAGCUGCAUAUGCGCAUACAUGCCAAGGACAAGCCUUACCAGUGCAAAGUGUGUGGAAAAGGCUUUAGAUUCAGUAGCUACUUACAGCAGCAUCUUAUCAUACAUACAGGCAAGAAGCCAUACAAAUGUCCCGACUGUGGGAAAGACUUUGCCUUUAUGCAGAACAUGAAAACACACCAGAGGCUGCAUCAGGAAAAACCAUUUCGCUGCACCAGUUGCCGCAAAGGCUACAGCGAUGAGACCCAACUGCAGCAGCAUAUGUUAUCACACAACGGUGAAAAACCUCAUAAGUGUGACCAGUGUGAUAAGAGUUUUGGAUUAGCUUAUCUUCUCCGGGAUCAUAUGAACACACACACGGGGGAGAGACCCCAUCACUGCAAUGAGUGUAACAAAUCUUUUUCCUGGUUUAGCAGCCUGCUUGUUCACCAAAAGAUCCACGCUCGUAAACGCCAAGGUUUUAACCAGUACAACUCUCCAACUGUCGCUGCUAAGACAAGAGGCAGGGGGAGGAGAGGAGGGAGGCCGUGGGGCUGGUCUCGACAGUUAGGAGGCUCAGGGAUGGUCGGUGCUCAGCCAUCUCAGUUUCCAGUUUCUUCACUUAGUGAUGCUGAGUUGCACAGAAGGGCAGUCCAGACACAGGCGUCCAUGCUCUCAUCCCGCAUGGAUUUACGGAGCAGACAGCAGAAAGAGCCAUGGCUGCCUGACCUUCACCCUCAACCAGUGCAGUGGAAGGUAGAUGGUGGAGAGAUUAUGCCUGUCCCAUCUUCACAGCAGCAACAUGCAGCUUCACAGCAGACACUGUUUGAAAACCAACCGCAUUCAGGCCUACAGCAGCACCACCAGAGGAGUCCAGGCUGGGCGGAUAACUCUUUGUUAACGCAGUCAGGCUCCACAUCUGCGCAGAGUUCAGAGUCAUCACACGUGAAGGACGGUUCAGCUUCCACCAUCACCUCCUUCCUGACAGCUGUGCCACAAAAAUCCAGCCCGUCAGCAGCAAGUGAGAUGGAGCAGCACAGGCAGCCCAAGCCUGCUACUUGGAGUAGUCCGCCCACAUCUACAGUGCUUGCCUCCACAAGCUCUUUACAGCAUGAUUUUUCUGUUCCGUCCUACAUAGAUGGGGCGGCUCUGUGGAGUGUUAGACCUGCCCUGUCAGUAAAUUCACAGAGCUCUCCAGUUAAGCUUGGUCAAGAGCUUCAGCUGCCAAGAUGGCCAGGUGCCUCUGUGUCAACACAGAAGGAGCCGUCCACACCUCCAAAAAAAGAGGACAGUAGGGUGUGGGACCUGAAUAAUCCUCAAGCUAUACCGUCGACUGUUAGCCAGCCAGAAAAGCCUUGGAAUGGCUGUGAACUUCAAAACCAGUGGGCUCCAGGCUUAGCGGGUGCAUCCACAUCAGCUCAAAUAGACCAAAGCAGUGCUAUGCCAAUUUCCACUCCUGUUUCUCACGGGGUAGGUAGCACCUUGUGGGAUAUACAAACACCACCAGGCAUUCCAAAGACGAUAAACUCUGAGAAAUUAGUCAAUAAUCAUCAAGAGUUCCAGCUUCAGCAAAAGCAGGUGACGUCCAGCUGGGCUAACGUACAGAGCCAGGCAUCACAGAAAGUUCCUAUCUCCAUUCAAUACGAGCCUCAUCGUUUUGGCCAAGGGUUGGGAACACCUGUAUGGGGCUUCCAAAGCAGUGCUGUAGGACCUCAAGCACUUCUCACUGGGCAACUUAAACCAGGGAACGGACAAGAGUUGCAGCAACAGCCAAUGGUAACAGGAACCCAAAUAAUCAUAAAUCAGCCUUCUCCCUUUUUUUCACCUCCCCUCGCUCCUCUCCCUCCUCUUGCUUUGCCGGGUCCUCACCCUCUUCACUCUGUGGCAGUUGGUGCUCUUUCAAGACCGCCACCCCCAAAUAUUUUUUUCACACCACAGGCAGUCAUGAACGAGAGGCCGCACAUGCCACAGACCCUGUCCCUACCUCAGCUCACCCCUCGGACAGAACCUCACAAACUUGGACCCCGUUUGCCUUUUGCCCCAGAUCGGCUUCUCCAGUGCAUGAUAUGUGGGUGCUCUCUUCAAAGGGAGCUGGAUCUACAAAUGCAUUAUUUGCAACAUGCACAAGGAGAGAUUUGAAAUUUCUACACUAGCAACAAAACAUAGUUAUUUUCUGGGUUUUUUCUUUCUUUUGUGUAUAUUUUAUCCUUGUGGAAACUUGUCUAUUUGACCCUUAGUUGUGUGGUUUAGCCAGUUUGGAAGAUGGGCAUUACACACAAAAAGAUUUAGUGAAACUUGAUUUAUUUUUGCACAAUUGAUGCCCCUCUCAGGGUGUAUAUGUGUGCCAUUAAUUUACUCUAACCAUCUUUGAAAGGCAUUUAUGUUAUCCAAAUGCUUACCUGGUUUAAAUACCUUCUGAAGGGUGCAGAUUAAGAGGUUCUACAGUCUGCAUUUCAUGUAUUGCCAAUGGCUUUUAGAUUUAGAUUAAAUUAGUACUUUUAUAGCUCUGUUCAUAUGUCUUGAACUAUUUGAACUGUGUUCCUUCAUGUACAGUAUACUGUGUGCCUUUUAUGAGUACAGUCUGCAUGUCUGCUGUCUUUGUAUUCUAGGCCUAGUUUGUGCUUCAAGUAGACUCAACAAUGUGACCUCACUCCCAAAACACAGAAACUAUUUCCAACAUCCUGCAAAGAACUGUUAGUUUUUGCUUUUGUGGAGGGGAGGGGAGGGUUGUUGGGUUCUUAGAUUACAUGUGUCAAAACCUACACUGAAAAGCUGACUGCAUACCAAACAACAAGCACUUAUAUCAAGAGGGGCCAAUUCCAAAAUGCUUUUAAGUGCAGUUCACAUCAUAGUUAACUUUAUAGGAGCAUAAGUAUCUGUAAACAAAUGGGAUGUUUACGUCAUUGGUGAGUUUUCUACAAAUGCACCUAGUGAGAUCAAAAAGAAAAGGGAGAAAGUAGCUUCAUAUCAUGGUUAUUGAAAACACGUAAUCAUUAAUUUUGUAAUAGAUAGAACUCUGAUUGUGUCAUGUUUGGUCAUAUAUAUUUCAGCUAUGGCAAGACAGACUCAAACUGAGGAUAUAAAAUGGAUGUUUUACUUUGUCCUUUUUCUCACAAUGUGUCAUGACUUCUGUACUUGAUAAUUCUAGUUUAAAGUGAUUCUCUACAACACUGCUUAGCACCUACAGUAAAAUGACGAGUUACUUGCAUAGCACAUCUCCUAUAUGAGGGAGUAUUUCAGAUUGGGAUGUAUAAGUGCUUCUGAAAUUAGGUCCACUUUUGAGUACAGUUCAUGGUGUUUAUUUGUGAAUACUGAAUGACUUCAUUCCAUAACAGUAGAUUUAGCUGAGUACACAACCUUGUUUCCUCCUACUGUAAUGGGCAUUUGAGUAGCUUUGGUGGCCCAAAAACUGACUGAUUAACUUCAUUACUACUGUAAGAUAAACACAUAGUCCAUUUGUAUAAAAAAAAAACUUGUCCCUGUGUCUUGACCUUUCAGCGUCUUCAUAAACAUGUGCCCUUCUACCUCUAUCCACUGUUAAAGCAUGGAAAGAAAUAGAAAUUUCAUGAUGUCUACAUAUUGGAUUAAAUAAAACUUGCCUUUGAUUAUGA